AAAUACUGUUUUUUUUGUUUCGCCCCUCCCCCUUCUCUCUCCUCUCUGUCUGUCGGAACUCUGAACUGAACCUUCUCUCUCUCUCUCUCUCCCCACUUUCUGAGGAUUUUUGUCCGGUGUGGUGUGGUGUUGAGCUGCGUAUGUGCGUCGUAAAACCUCCAUGGCCAAAACCAGAGCUCCCAGACGGACUCUCGAGUCCUAUUCAGUCAAACCCAUCAACAAAACCAUCAGAGCCGGCGAUUGUGUCCUGAUGCGGCCGUCCGACCCCUCCAAGCCCUCCUACGUGGCCAGGAUCGAGCGGAUCGAGUCCGACUCCCGCGGCGCCAACGUCAAGGUCCACGUUCGCUGGUACUACCGCCCCGAGGAGUCCAUCGGCGGCCGCCGCCAGUUCCACGGCUCCAAGGAGGUCUUCCUCUCCGAUCACUACGACGUCCAGAGCGCCGACACCAUCGAGGGCAAGUGCACCGUCCACACCUUCAAGAGCUACACCAAGCUCGACGCCGUCGGCAACGACGACUUCUUCUGCCGUUUCGAGUAUAACUCCUCCACCGGUGCCUUCAAUCCCGACAGGGUAGCCGUGUACUGCAAGUGUGAGAUGCCCUACAAUCCCGAUGAUUUGAUGGUCCAGUGCGAGGGCUGCAGCGAUUGGUUUCAUCCUGCUUGUAUAGAAAUGACAGCAGAGGAAGCUAAGAGACUUGACCACUUCUAUUGUGAAAAUUGUUCAACUGAAGGGCAGAAAAAGCUGCAAAUUUCUCAUGCUCCUUCAAGACAUGCGGAUGCAAAGGUGGACACAAAACGACGCAGGAGGUGAUAACUGUACAAGGAGUAAAUACGAUCCAGUAAGAUAGGAAACAGAGAGAGUGAAUAGCUCAUCUUUUCUAUACAGAAUGGCAAAAGACGCCUCUUGUGAAUCCGCUUCGUGUUGUAGUUCUCCCGGAGAAUGCGUCAGAGGUAAAAAAAGCUUGUGUAAGAACUGAUGAGAGCUCUUUUCUUAUUCCCUUGUGUCUAAUUUGGCUUGUGUUGUAGGAUCAGGGCUGUUUGUAUUAGAAGGUCGAUGUAACUGCUGGUGUUCGGUGUCUGUAAAUUACGGAGAUUCAUCCCAUGCCAGUUUUGUCUCUUGUUUAUAUGUAGUCGCUCUUCUCAGGUCAUAAAGGCUAGGUUUAAUGUGUGAUAUACUGAACAAUUCUCCCACGUUAUAAGAGAGCAAUAUGGGGUGUGGGUCUAAAAAUCCCCUUUACUGACUCAA